GGCCCACGGCCCAACCCAUCCAUGAAACUCAACCGCCCUUUUAAUGCUUCCCCUCCUCCUCCUCCUUCGGAUCUGUAUCUGACAGACCUCAAGCCGUACUCACUCACACUCUCGGACGUCGGAUCCCAACCCAAGUUCACCCCCUUCCGUAACUCUUGUGGAGGCAUGAAUUCGAGAAGGGACUAUCGCAGCAAUAGAACUGCUCUAUUUGAUGGAAUUGAGGAAGGUGGUACCCGGGCCUACUCUUCUCAUGAAAUUGAUGAGCAUGAAAAUGAGAGAGCUAUUGAUGGCCUGCAAGAUAGAGUGAACAUUCUUAAAAGAUUGACUGGUGAUAUACAUGAGGAGGUUGACAGCCAUAACCGUGUGCUUGAUCGAAUGGGUAAUGAUAUGGAUGCAUCAAGGGGUGUCCUUUCUGGCACUAUGGACCGAUUCAAGAUGGUGUUUGAGACCAAAUCCACUCGUAGAAUGGCUACUCUCGUGGCAUCUUUUGUGGCUCUUUUUUUGUUCAUAUAUUACCUGACCAAGUAGCAAUAUCUCUUAUUUUGCUGCUACCGCUUGAUGUCCUGAAGUCUGCUUUGGAUCUGUUGGAACAGUGUCAUCUUGUAUCAUAACCUCCUUACAAAGUGAAAGCUCGAAAGCUACAAGAUCUAAGAUGCCUAGAUAUCCUGUUAAGUGAAUUUGAAUUUGUGUCUUCUGAACUGAUGUCCUUGUCUGGCCCUGAUCUUUACGAGAACAAUAAUUCUCUGCUCAUGUUUGCACGGGUUCAAGUCUAGUCAUUUGUUUAAAUCCUCUAUUGAUGACAUCUAUGUGAAACUUUUGGCGCACACGCUAGUUUUUUUUUUUUGGUGGAUGAAUUUGUAAUUACCCUUUGCUGCU